AAAUAAAAUCGAAAACAAUGCGGCGAUACACUUUGAAAACGAUCGCAAAGCUCACCUUCUCAGCUAUCUUAUGGCUGAUGAUCCUAUUGUUCUUUACGUGGAAUUCCUUUAAGCCAAACAAAACCAAAUCCGGAGCCAAGCUCAAGGUGUUUCGCUUUUCGCCGCACGGCAAGGCACAAAACGCUCUGCCAGCUGUGCUGCACGUUAAUGCGAUUGAUAAGGAUGCGGCGAAUGAGCAGAAAAAGGAUUGGCAUGAUUAUAAAGCUAUGGAGAGGGAUAAUGAGCGUGAGGGCCUUGGGGAGCGUGGCAGCGCAGCGUUUUUGAAUAAUGCCACGCUUGGAUUGGAGCAGAAAAUGUCGUUAGAAAAUGGCUUUAAUGCACUGCUCUCCGAUUCUAUAUCGAUAAAUCGUUCAGUACCCGAUAUACGGAACAUGGGGUGCCUCAAUAAACUAUAUCUGCGAAAGCUGCCAACGGUGAGCAUCAUUAUCAUAUUCUGGAAUGAGUAUAUGAGCGUUUUGAUGCGUUCUGUGUAUAGCUUAAUCAAUCGCUCGCCACCUGAGCUGAUUAAGGAGAUUAUACUGGUGGACGACGGUAGCGAUCGUGCUUAUCUUGGCAAGCCACUGGACGACUAUAUAGCCGAUCACUUCACGAAUGUACAUGUUGUGAGGUUGCCGCGUCGCACAGGCCUGAUAAUGGCACGCUCUGCGGGUGCACGAAAUGCGACCGCGGAGGUCCUCAUCUUUUUUGAUUCGCACAUCGAAACCAAUUAUAAUUGGUUGCCCCCAUUACUGGAACCUAUUGCAAUGAACAAACGAACCGCCGUAUGUCCUUUAAUUGAUGUCAUUGAUCACAAGACAUUUGAAUAUCGAUCACAGGAUGAGGGACAACGUGGCGGCUUUAACUGGCUAAUGUUAUACACCCGGUUGCCGUUACUGCCCGAGGACCUUAAGCAUCCCACCGAACCGUUUAAGAGUCCUGUUAUGGCAGGUGGACUGUUUGCCAUUUCGUCGGAGUUCUUUUGGGAACUGGGUGGCUACGAUGAGGGUCUGGAUAUUUGGGGUGGUGAGCAAUUCGAGUUAAGUUUCAAGAUAUGGAUGUGCGGUGGAGAAAUGUACGAUGCACCCUGCUCCCGAGUGGCUCAUAUCUAUCGUGGACCACGCAUAUCCCCUCCUAUUGAAAAGUCCCGCGAGAAAUUUUUACUUAGGAAUUUUAAACGCGUAGCCGAAGUCUGGAUGGACGAUUAUAAGAAGUAUUUAUUCCAGCAUCGUGACGGUGAAUUCGAUCAAGUAGAUCCCGGAGACCUUUCUGCGCAGAUAGCGCAACGCUAUAAGCUAAAAUGCAAGUCCUUCAAAUGGUAUAUGGAAAAUGUGGCUUUUGAUAUACUGAAGGAAUAUCCUCCGGUCGAGCCCGCCGACUAUGCAAAUGGUGCCAUACAAAAUCUGGGAGAUCCGAAUAUCUGCGUGGAUACUCUUCAACAUAAGCCGGUCAAUAAGCCUGGCCCCUAUUUGUGUGCCGAGAACUUGGUGCAUCCACAAGUAUCGCAGUAUUGGGCACUAAGCUGGCGUCGCGAUUUGCGAAUGCGGGGCCAGAAGGUCUGUCUCGAUGUCCAAAUGUGGACACAAAAUACACCGGUUUGGUUAUGGCAAUGUCACGGGGCUGGCGGUAAUCAAUAUUGGUCCUAUAACUACAAUACAAAGCUGCUGAUGCACGGCAUAAAUCAGAAACGUUGCCUCGAAUUGUUGCCCCAAACAAAGGAACUGGUCGUCAAUCUGUGCAAUAGCACCAAUAAAUAUAUGCAUUGGAACUUCGGCUUUGUUAACCACACAGCGCUACAGACCUUCAAAACAAACUAAAUUUUGUUGUUGUCUGAUCUCUGGGAGAAAUUCUUACAAAUACAGUAUAUGUAGUUUCAUUAUUAAUUAAU